CAUGACACGCGCUCAAGACAACCAAGACACAGAGGAAUCUGGCCUUAAAGAGCUUCAGGCUCAACUGCUCAAAAUGCAAUUAGCUGAGGCUAGGCAAAAGAUUAAUGAGGGAAAGAAAGACAAGGACAAAAAAGGCAGACAUGUCAUGGCUUUAACUGCAGGGCCCCCCACUCCUGACCUUUUCCCCAUUCCUGACUGGAUCCCAGCCCCUCCACACACACAACCACAAUCCUAUGCCCAACCCCCACCCUAUAGGCGGGGUCCUCCCCAAUGGCAACAAAAUAGUGGGAGGGGAUAUGGGAGAGGAGGAGGGAGACCAGGGAGGGGGCGGGGCGGCCCGCCCCGAGGGGGAACUCCAGGGGCCUGCUUUGCCUGUGGUCAGAUGGGACACUGGUCUAGGGAGUGUCCGCUAAAUGGGGGUCAGUCACCAAGGGGGAAGGGGUUACCAGCAAAGGGGUCCAUACCAGCCACCGCAGGGACCACCGACAGGUCCACCCCAAGCGCAACUGCAGAUGGCUGAAUGGAACUGGACUGGCUGGGAACCAGGCCAGCAGUUGCCACAAUGACACUCCCCAGCAGAGCAACAGGACCCAGGGACCACGGCAGAUCCCAUGGUGUCCAUGAGAGUAGAAGGAACUGUUCAGCCCUUCUUAGUUGACACAGGAGCUACUUGCUCAACAAUCAGACAUUGUCCAUCACAACACAUUUCACCAAGUCACAUUACGGUGAUGGGUUUCUCUGGGGAAAAGCAAAAACUGCCAAUAACAAAACCACUGCAUACAGCUAUAGGGAACCAAUGCGUCCUCCAUCCAUAUGUUGUUUCUCCCACGGUUCCUAUGAACCUCCUUGGCAGAGAUCUCCUCAUAAAACUGGGCGUGUCUAUCCUGUGUUGUGCUGAUGGAAUAUUACUGACUUUCCCUGACGGCCGUCAAAUGACCUGUUCUGAAGGAAACCAGGGCCACGGACAAUACAUCCUUUCCCCCACCUCUGACUCCUACGCUGACAUUUACUGGGCUAUGUUGUCUCCAGAAGGCCCGGGCUCCGGGGGUAUCCUGAAACAGUUCUUCCUCUGGAAGCCCUGGAUCUCGCAAGUUGCACCCUUUGUCCCUCCCCCAGAUCCCCCACAUGUCACCCUAAAUUAUGAUGUCCACUCUGAUCUCUGUUAUCAAGACGCUUUUGACACGAUAGCGGACACCAGAUGGGACAUCCACUCUCAAAACAUCUUUGUGGGACCUGAAGGCGUAGCCGCCGCGGUCCAGCUAACCCCUGAUCAGUUGCCAUGGUUUGUUAUGACUGAGGAAUCUGCCCCACAUGUUUCACUCGCCCUGCACCCAGGGUAUGAGGCUAAAUCCCUAGGCCCGAUGGUCAAGACAGCCCUGACUGCCACCGACUGGACACUCACUCCUCUCCCCAAGGUUCAAUACUCUCCCUCCACCAAAACCUUCCGCAUUCUCUGUGAGGGUCGAGACACAGCUUUUCUCCAACAUGACUUAAUUGCUAGGCACCAUGGUAGGGAAAGGACUGACCAUCAAGAUGCUAAAGCCAUGUUAGAUGGUCUUCCCACCACUCUCUGGUCACAAACACCGACUGAUGUAGGUUUAGUGCAUUGUGCCCCGCUGACCUUUCACCUUAGGCCAUCUCCGCCUGUAUGGAUACCACAAUACUCAUGCUCUAGGGAAAAGCAGCUAGGCAUUUCAGAUACAGUCACAGGAUUGAUUGAGGCAGGGGUGUUAGAACCCUCUCGUUCCCAGUGGAACACACCUAUCCUCCCAGUUUUGAAAGCAGAAACAGGUAAAUAUAGGAUGGUUCAUGACCUGCGCGCCAUAAAUUAUCUCAUUGUAGACACCACUCUCACUGUACCUAACCCACAUGUUGCUCUCGCUGACAUAGGACCACAACACCACUGGUACACAGUUUUAGACCUCUCAAAUGCAUUUUUCUGCCUCCCUCUGGCCGAACAUCUGCGAGAUAUUUUCUCAUUCACAUACAUGGGUCGCCCCAUGCGAUACACACGCCUACCACAAGGGUUUAACCUCUCCCCAGGCCUGUUUAACAAAGUUCUGAAAAACUCACUGACAGAUUGUACCCUACCACCUGACACCGUUCUGGUACAAUAUGUAGAUGAUCUUCUGAUAGCUGCACCCACCGCAAUUGCCUGUCUGCAGGCUACCAAAGAUGUUUUGACCACCCUGGCUAGGGAGGGUUAUAAAGUAAGCAGGAAGAAAAUACAAGUCUGUAGAAGAGAAGUUACCUUUCUGGGCAGAAUCCUUUCAGGCAGUGGUGUAGGUGUUUCCCCUGCACACAGAUCAGUUAUUUUGGCCCACCCGAAACCAUGUACUGUGAAAGACAUGUUGUCAUUUUUGGGCUUGACAGGCUACAGCAAAUCCUAUGUUCCAGGCUAUGUCGACCUUACAGAUCCCCUCCGGGCUAUGGUACGCCAACAGGGCAUGCGCAAUUUGUCCUCAGCCUUAGACUGGACAUUUGAAGGCAAUGAGGCAUUCAUUAAACUUAAACAAUCCCUUGCUGCAGCAGCAAAUCUGGCCUGCCCAAACUCCCUGCCCUUCCACUUGGAUGUUUCUGAAACAAAACAAGCAACUAAUGGGGUUUUGUUUCAGAAAAAGGGGGUGACAGAGUAGUGUUGAACUACAUGAGCAUCCCAUUUGAACAAAUUGAAAAAGCCCGCCUGCACACAACAUGCUGCAGGGGUGGCAAAAUGCAUUCAGAAAUCAUCACACAUAGUUAUGGGACACCCCCUGAUAGUGUUGACCUCCCACAGCAUAGUGUCCUUUGUUAACUCAGCCAUGUUUUCACUCACACCAACCAGACAAAGGCAAAUCAGCAAAGUUUUGCAGGCCCCAAACCUGACCUUUACACAUGAAGGCAUUAACAUGGCAGACCAGAUGGGGGAGGGGGAACCACAUGAGUGUGAGGACAGGACAAGAAAAGUGGAAAACGUCAGACCACUAGGGGAAGGAAGAGUGCUAUUCACAGAUGGGUGUUGUUUUAGACAUGAGACUGAGGGACUGAAAGCAGCAUAUGCAGUGGUUGAAGACACAGGAGGGGAAGUGGUAACAUUAGAAGCAGAAAAGAUGCAAGGUGCGCAGUCAGCACAGAAAGCAGAAGUGGAAGCACUCAUCAGAGCCUUAGAGCUAGGAAAAAAUCAAGCUGUAACUGUAUACUCUGACUCAGCCUAUGCAACAGGAGCAGCUCACCUCGAAUUACCACAGUGGCAGAGAGCAGGGUUUUUGACAGCAGGAGGAAAACCUAUUAAACAUGAGGAAGAAAUGAAAAGAUUAGCAAAAGCUAUUCUCCUACCAGCCAAGGUAGCUAUAGUCAAAUGUAAGGGCCACAGCAAUACUCAAGAUAGAGUGAGUAAGGGAAAUGAAGCAGCAGACAGCGCCGCAAAAACCGCAGCAGGAUAUUUGGCACACCAUCUAAUGAUGACUGCAGACCUAGAAACCAGGGCCGAGCUUAGCAAAGAAACAAUCAUUGAGUUACAAGCACGAGCUUCCCCCCAAGAAAAAACAGUUUGGAAAAGCAGGGGAGCUAUACAAAGUGAGGGGUUGUGGCGGGGCCCGGAUGGUAGACCUAUUCUGCCACCAGGGGUACGGAGACGUGAAACCCAGACGGGGGACAGUACCCCCCUUGAGACAGUGGCAGGGAAAGAGAUUGUGAUUGACUACACUGACAUGACGAACAGGGUGACCGCAGCACACCCAAACGCAGAAACCAAAACUCCUCCAGACGCUGAGUGGGUGCUCCUGAAAGCAAUUAAGAGGAAGUGGUCUGAACCUCGCUGGCAGGGGCCCUUCAGAGUGACGGCGAGAACAUCCCACGCAGUACAGCUCGAGGCGAAAAAGGUAAACAGUGUUCCAGAUGCCCCAUUCAAAGAUAUUUGUAUAGACUAUACAGACAUGGGGGCAGAUAACAUGGUAAGGGGAUACAGAUACAUUUUGGUUAUGGUAGACCGUUACACCAAAUGGAUUAAAGCUAUCCCAUGUAAGAAAGAGGAUGCAAACUCAGUGGUAAAAUGGGUAAAAAACGAACUGAUACCCAGAUAUGGGGUCCCCAGAUGCAUAAGAUCAGAUAAUGGAUCCCACUUCACCAGCCAAAAGUUGAGUGAAGUGGAAAAGUAUUUUGGCAUUGUGCACAAGUUUGGAUCAGUGUAUCACCCCCCCUCACAAGGUCUGGUGGAGAGGGCUAACCAAACUUUGAAAAGAAAAAUUGCCAAAGCUUGUCAUAACACCAAAAUGAAUUGGGUAGAUGCACUGCCUCUGGCACUGAUGUCUAUGAGAUCUUCACAGAGUAAUAAAACUCACCUGUCACCUCACGAGUUACUGACAGGCAGACCAAUGCCAGGGCCGCCCAGAGAGGGCGGUAUAGGCCCAGUAUUGGAUCUGUGGCAGAUAGAAGCAGACGAUUAUAUGAGGGCUCUCACUAAUCUCACUCGAGUAUUGUCUUCACAGGUCCAAGCUGCAACGGAAGCACCGCAGAGCGAAACAGAGACUCCUGUAAAGCCUGGCGAUUGGGUGAGGUUGAGAGUUCACAAACGGAAGUGGACAGAACCAAGGUGGACAGGACCAUGGGAAGUGAUUGAAAGCUCAACCCACGCCCUGAAAGUUAGAGGUAAAACAGGAGCUAAUUGGCACCACCUAACACACUGUGCACCCGCCCAGGCGCCCUCCCGAACACUAGAGGAGGUUAGGACUGAUUUGACCACGCUGUGA